AUGACUGGUGACUUUGAGGUAGAUUCGAAACCUCAGUUAUGCGAUGUUGGAGUCGACGGCACGAGGCCUAAAGAACCAAAUGACGAUUCGUCGAAACCAGUAUUCGAUUUCUCGAACCCUUUUCAGUCAAACGGUUCAAAAUCAACGUGUCGUGGAGACGUAAACGAGGAACAAAAUAUUGAUGCAAGUAGCGGGUUCUGUCGGCAAGGGUUGGGAGACCAUCCUGUGCCGCAAAACAAGAUUGCAUCUUGCAGCCUGUAUUGUAAUGAUCCGUCGACGAACUCAUCUGCGCUUGAUCCGAUGGAAGGCAAUAUCGAAUCACUAAAAGCACUGUCGUUGAAAACAGAUGGCGCUUCAACUACAUUUCAGUCUUUAAACACUGUAAAUGUAAAACCGCGGGAUAUGCCGUUUUCCACAAUGACAGGUGAUGCAAAUCCGUUUGUUUUUGAACGUAGUCAAUCCGCACAGAAAUUCGACAGUUGCAAUUUUCUCAGUGAUUCCAUAAAUACUAGCACAAACAGCAAAAGUCACUCUACUCCAGAAUCUAGUUCCGGAAUUGAUAGUGCGUACUCAUCGGCCAACCCCCGAAGCCAGUUACUAGCAGACACCGACAACCCACCAUCGACGUGUGAUAACCAUCUUGGUGGUAGUUCGGCUUCGUAUUGGAGUGCCGCUGGAACUGGCCAGUCCGAAGAAAUUAACCCACAAUCAGCGCUUUCGCUAAAUAAUUUGCCGUUGUUGACAAGUCUCCUUUUUCAGCAGUCCACAAAUGCACCAACAUGUACCACCAGUGGUUCUCAAUCCAAUCCAGCAGCUGCGGUUGCCGUUGCGGCAAAGCGUGCAAUAAUAGGUGGGCACCAAAGUAUGCGUCCUUCUCUGACAAGACCCCCUGGUUGGAAUCCUACGACAAAUGCAUUGGAGUCUAACUUCAUCACUUCUACUCCAGACCAAUCCGUAUUUUGUCCUCCAUCGACUGCAACGGGUCUGUCGUCGUCAAAAUCAUCUGGAUGGAUGAGUCAUUUUUCCUCUCACAGUGGUAAUUCUUAUCCUUGGGCGUCCUCAACUGCUUCACAACAAGCCCCGUUCAAACCGAACUUCGGUGAUUUUACUUCUAGUGGAUUUUCUACGAAUACCAGUGGAAAUUUUGUAAGAUUUGGCAUGAACACUGGCCUUUCAAAUGUGGGGUCAAAUGGUUUUUCCAAAGGGACGAACCCACCUAACCCAGCAUCUUUAUAUAGCAUGUUCCCCAAGCGACCUCCUCACAGGUUGAUGACACAUUGGCAACAACAACAACAUCACCAACAACAUUUGCAACAGACACCAUCAUCAAUUCUAAGUAAACAGCACAAUUCGGAUUUCUCGUCUCAGCCGGGUCCCUCGCCCUUUGGAGGUCAAGAAAAUGUAUUGAAUCAGAAGAUACCCCAUAGUACGUUUGGCCCUCCCGGACCUGGUUCUGGGGUAACACCCAUCCCAAAUAGUUUGAUGUCCGGCAAUAUGGAUGGCUUAAAUUCUGAGAAGUUCUCCGGUUCGGACAACUACCGAUCAAACUACGGUUUUGACCAACAUCUCCUAGAGCUGAUGAAGUCAAUCGAUUCUUCUGGUAACCCCCCAUCUAGUCUACUGGAUGACUUAACUCUUAACAUGCCUACAAUGGACAACUAUCACGGAACCUUGCAUUCAUUGCCAAAUUUGUCGCAGUCGAGACCCGCCAUAAUACCUCCAAGCAGCAUGCAAGCCCAAGGCUUGCAUGGCAUGGGUCACGCACACUCAAGCCUCUCAGCCAUGGCUCCACGCGAAGAAGGCUACUCACGCAAGGUUUUUGUUGGUGGCCUUCCUCCAGACAUUGACGAAGAAGAAAUAACCACCGCCUUCCGUCGAUUUGGUGCACUGAUUGUUGACUGGCCACACAAAACAGAGAGCAAGGCGUAUUUUCCGCCUAAAGGAUACUGCUUCCUUCUGUUCCAAGAGGAGCAAUCGGUGCAGGAUUUGAUCAACGCGUGUAUUGUAGAUGAGGGGAAGUAUUACUGGUGUGUUUCCUCCCCUACUAUGAAGGAUAAACCCGUUCAAAUUCGGCCGUGGAAUUUAGCUGACUCUGACUUUGUCAUGGACGGAUCUCAAACACUGGACCCGCGAAAAACUAUCUUUGUGGGUGGUGUACCGCGACCGCUUCGUGCAAUUGAGUUGGCCCUAAUCAUGGAUCGGUUGUAUGGCGGCGUCUGCUACGCAGGCAUUGACAUCGACCCGGAGCUGAAGUACCCUAAGGGAGCAGGCCGUGUUGCUUUCUCCAAUCAACAAAGCUACAUAGCGGCCAUCAGCGCUCGCUUCGUCCAGCUCCAGCACAAUGAUAUCGACAAGCGGGUAGAGCUUUAUUCUUGA